AUGACAGAUCCCCCUCAACACAAAAUGCGCUCCAAGUCCGAUUCUUAUUCCUACGUUAUUGAUAAAGCAAUGGAUAUCGAAAGAUCUAUGGGAUAUCAAGGAGUUAUCAAUCAAAACAUCACUCCGCAUGAAACCUCCUUCGAGCGUGAAAAUGCCAUCAACUGGUACAAUAAGCUUCUCGCCAAAUGCUACUCCGAGUUCAUCUGUACUCUCACCAUCCUUACUUUAAUUCCUCUGGUCAUGAUCCUUGGCUUCAAUUACUACUCCAAUCGAACUGAAAGCUAUGUGUCUGGGCGCAAGUUUUUCUUGUACGAUUUCAAGGGUGUUGCUCCAUUGAACAAUGGUUGGGGCUUCCAACCAGGAGAACAUAUCUGCGAUUCAGUCCCUGAUAGUGCGCAAUGCUAUGAGACAUACGUGAAGUAUAAUCUUGGUGGAUUUAUCCUUUCGUUUGUUGUAAUAAUUCUGGUUCUCUCCACUGCAUCUCAUGUAGUCCACAGGCGUUUAUGCGCAGAUAUUGAGGAGAUGCAAGGCAGGUUGAUCAGAUAUGAAGAUCUGUUGAACAACGAGGGACAGCUGUACACUAAGGUUAUAUCAGAGAUUCUAUCAGGGAGCUCGAAGAAAGAAAUUCUAGAGGAGGACAGUCAAGUUACCAAUGCCAAAAUGGCUUCCAAGAAGGACUCUGCUGAUGCUGAUCUGGAGAUGGACCGCAAGAAGUAA